CCCCUUUCCCCCAUUCCCACCAUCAAAUCAUCCUGAAUUCUCCCUCACUUCAUCACCACUCUGCUUCUCCCUUCCUUCCCAGAUACAUCAUAUAUCCCACCCAACAUUCUGCAUUGAGACCAAAGCAUUAUUUAUUGCCAAAAGUCUGCAUUAAUUGUGAAGGUGUAGUGUUCUCAUAACUGUAUGGGUCUCACAAGUUUGCAAGUCUGCAUGGAUUCAUCUGUUGACUGGUUGCAGGGCACAAUUGAUGAUGAGGGUGGAAUGGACUCAUCAUCUUCACCAUCUGGUGUGGACAUUCUGACAUGUUCAAGGCCAUUGAUAGAAAGAAGGCUAAGGCCCCCCCAUGACCAGGCACUGAAAUGCCCAAGAUGUGAGUCCACACACACAAAGUUUUGCUACUACAACAACUACAGCUUAUCCCAGCCAAGGUACUUCUGCAAGACCUGCAGAAGGUACUGGACAAAAGGUGGCACCCUGAGGAACAUCCCAGUGGGGGGUGGGUGUAGGAAGAACAAGAAAGUCUCUUCUUCUUCUUCCUCUUCAUCAUCUGCCAACAAGAAAUCAUCAUCAUCACCAAAUGACCAUCAUCAUCAAUUCCCUCAUCCUCAUCCUCCUCCUCCUCCUCAUUAUCAUCAUCACCAAAACCUUGGUCAAUCAUCAUCCUGCACUUCUUCUCCUGGCUCUAGCAUUAACCCCACAGACCUCCACCUUUCAUUCCCUGCAGAAAUGCAAUUCUCACACCACCAAUUCACCAAUUUCCACUUGGCCCCCACUGGUUUCUUGGGGAUUGAGAGCCCCACCCCAAUAGAUUUCAUGGAAGGCAAUGCAGGGUUUGUAAUGGGUGGCACUACUCCUCCUUCAAGAAACCAAGACUUUCUUGGGAAUAACAAUGGAGAUUUUGGGAUGAUGGCACAAACUACUUUCCCUACUUCUACUACUACCCUUUGCCCUCAAUUUGGAAUGCCCAUUGAUGGGAACACUGUGGGGCCUACUCUAAUGCUCCCCUAUGAUCAUCAUCAUCAUCAUCAUCAUGGGGAUGAUCAAUUCAAUGCAGCAAUGCAUCAUCAAGAUGUGAAGCCAAAUCCCAAGCUCUUGUCCCUUGAGUGGCAUAAUGAUCAAGGCUGCUCUGAUGCUGGGAAGGAUUCCUUUGGUUAUCUCAAUGGAGUUGGGUCUUGGACUGGCUUGAUGAAUGGCUAUGGCUCUUCUGCAACAAAUCCUUUAGUCUAAUUAAACCUUGAUUACCUUAAUCAAUCUGCACCUCAUUUCCUUAUUCAUCAAGUUUCCAUGCAUCACCAAGGGUUAGAGAUUUUAACUUAAGUAUCAAUAUAUCCUAAUAGGGUAGGGGUUAUAUAUGUCACGUUCUAGGAGUUCAGUCUCUCGAUGCUACAUUAUAGACUCGAGUUCAAGUAUCAAUGCAGAUUCAAGACAUCAAAAUACAACUUACGAAAGAAUCGGAGGUAAAGUUCCAUAGCUCGAGGUAUUAUCAAGGUAGCAUAAUAUUAUAUUCGAGUAAUAUAAUAUUUUCGUGAAUAUGGGCACUUUUGAUCCUAUGAACGACUGAUCCACUUAAAGGUAUUAAUUUUGAGAGAAUUUUCCUUGUGUGAAGGGUAUUAUUAUAUUCCCUGUUUUAGUUUAAUUCGCUUCAUUAACUAGGUGCGUGUGAAUGAGGUUUGUAAAAGUCCAUAUUUCACUUUUUGAGUGCUUUAAUUUAAUAUAUUACUUAAACAUUUCUAGUCC